CAUAUCUAUGACUCUGCUGUAACCUCUAAAUUCAAACUGAAAUAAAUUAUGGAAAAAUGGCUAGAGUACAUUUAUUCAGAAUUUUCUCCCAAUUAUCACUUCAGUCUAAACAUUCGGUACUCUCGACGGGAAAUGUUCAAAUUCCUAGAAUUUCCAAGAAUUCAAUAUCUACGACAACAAGAUUGUUUGAUUUGAAGGAAUUUUUUGAACCAAAAGAAAAUUGGGGAGCUUCGGAAAUAAAAAGUGGAAGAACAUGGACUAAAGAUGACUUGAGAAUAAAAUCUAAUGAAGAUUUGCACAAAUUAUGGUUUGUUUUAUUGAAAGAAAGGAAUAUGCUUCUCACUAUGGAAGCAGAAGCAAAUCGACAAAUUAAGGAAUUUCCUAGCCCAGAACGUUUAGAUAAAGUACAAAAUGCGAUGAAAAAUCUGGAAGAUGUUGUUAGAGAAAGAAAUAAAGCUUAUCAUAUGCUUGAAACAGGCAAAGAAGGAGAGAGACCAGUACAAGAAUGCAUUAACGGGUUUGGAUUGCGAACAUUCAAAAAGUUACAUGAAUUCCCAGUACCAAAGCAUAUGAAUAAGAAAUGGUCUUCAUUUGAAUUUAAGGAAAAUGAUAGGGAUGUUCAGAACUUCUUACUGAAGUAUAGAGAAAAGAAGUAUUUAGAAAAGAAGAGAAAGAGGGUGAGGGAUUUCAACCAUGUCAUUGGUUUGAUGAACAGAUUCCCAAAUAUGGAUAUGGAAGCUGUGAAAGAACAGUAUCCAGAUGUUGAUAUUGAGAAAGCCAAAAGAAGUCGAAGAUACAAAGGACUUGAUUGAGAUGAUUCUGUCAAAUGAUUUAUAAUAUAUUAGAUAAAAAAUA